AUGGAUCUGGGGUCAGGUAGAGGCUGGGAUGGGGACUCAGAGACCACCUUCCAGCUGUGGCUGCAGCUGCUUCUCUGGGGCCAUCUGACUGUCCGUUUCCUGGGCUACCUGCGCCGCACCCUCUGGGCACCUAAGCCGCAGCCAGCACCCUGAGCCUCGCUGGCCAGGGGUAGAUGGGCCCCAGAUCACCCCAUCCCACUCUACCCCCCAUUUUACCCUCUGCUGGAAGAGGCAGGAA